ACGUGAUCGCCGCUGUUGCAUGCUGGGAAGCAGCUCAGAAGCUAAAUGGCUAGCUAGCCGGUAGCCUCCGAGCUCACGGUCCUCGCAUCUGAGCAUGCGCAUCCGGGCAGCGCGCACAAGGGCAGCGGGCACGCGCACAGGUGUGUGACAGCAUCAGGAUGCCCCUCCCUCCGGCUCCUCCCACUGGUGGACCUCCACCUCCUCCCAGCUCCUGCCAGGUGAAAGGUCGUGGCGUCCUGCUGUCAGACAUGUGUAAAGGCGCCGGGCUGAGGCAGGUGACGCAGGUGAGCGACAUCAGUGGGCCGCAGGCGGACGCCAAGUGCUCACCUGGCCACACGGGGGACCACCCUUACAUCCGCCUGUACCAGUACCUGCACCAGCAGGGGGCGCCCCCUGACCACGGCGAAGGUGGCGCUCGUUCUCCAUCCGCUCGUGCGCCAGCGCCCCUUCCGCCCGCCCAUCACCAUGACGACGCUCCAAGCCCCUCCCCUGAGCAAAGGCGAGCCCCCUCAUCCCCCCCGCACACCGCUGCAGGCUCCUCCCACACCCCUUCCAGUCGUCGGGGCAACGCCCCUUCCCCUCCCUCCUCCUUUGCGGACAAGCCCCUCCCUCUGACACUCGCGCCGCCAUCGCCCGCCAACAGCAGACGGCCGCCCACCACCGGAGGAAACCCCCCCGCUGUCUGCGCUUCGCUGGCCCCGCCCCCUCCGACCUACCACCUGGCAGACGUCUCUUUCGUCAACAAGAGGACCGCCCCCUUGCCGGGAGGCCACGCCUCGACCAGAGGUCCCGCCCCCCCGCCUCCCCCGCCGUCCCCUAGCCAGUCCCACAGGCCGACUCCCCCUCCAGGAAGAGGAACAGCGAGCAGAGAAGCUCCGCCCCCUCCUCCAUGCCGGGCGCCAGGUAGCCCCUCCCUCUCUUCUGACCCUCCCGCACGGGGGAAACCUCCUCCCCCGCCUUCUCGCACCCCAGCUGCUCCUCCCCCGCCUCCUCCUUCUCUCUGCCAAGGACACGCCUCCUCGCCCUCCUCAUUGGCUGAGGACUUUGAGUCCAAAUAUAUGUUCCAUUCGCUGGAUGACUUCCCUCCUCCAGACGAGUACCGACACUUCGCCAAGAUCUACCCCAGCAAGGCCUACAGAGCUAUGAGAGGCGCUCCUCCACUGCCCCCUGUUGGCAGGUGAGGCGACAUGACGGCACGCCACUCCUAGAUGACGUCAUCAUAUCACUACGAAACGGCCGUCUUCUGUUCUUUUUUUCUUCUUUUUUUUUUUAUAAAACUUUAUUUAUAAUAUGCAACAUUUACGUACAAGUGUAGCCUAUUUUUACGUUAUGUUUAUGUUAUGUAUGUUUAUUUUGUUUUCAAACGCCGCUCCACCACAACGUGUCACCACUUCCGCUCUUAGCGCCUUCAAAAUAAGAGCUCAAGGCAUAUACUGUAUUAUAACAGGAGCUGAACAUCAUAAAGAGGCGAGUCCAUAAAAAUAGGUUACACACGCAAAUAAAUAAUAAUAAAGAAACGGCCAUGUUAGUGCGGUCACGUGACGUCAUGCGGUAAACACGGCAGCUUCCGGGAGAUCCUGCUGUGGUCAUUUUCUGAAUCGUAUCUUUUAUUUGGAAAGAUGUGUCGCUACCGUGGCCACGUGACUGGAGUUGUAAAUGUGCCGUGAAGAUGAUAAACGUGGCGUAAUGACGAAUAAACAUGCGUUUG